CUCGUAUAGUGUGUGAAAACUUUAUCUGAACAUUUUGUUUGUGAAUAAUAAUUGUGAGGUUAUUCUUUUGGAUAUAUAUACAUUUUUGGAUCAUUAGAUUUUGUCUUUAAUUUGUAUACUUUCUUUUAUCUAUGUUUUUGUUAUUAGAGUAACUCUUCUUUCCAUUUUAUGGACUUAGAUGACACAUUGCUCGAACACGUUAAAUUCGUGUCUUCUUUAUUUUCUCCACUUAUCGUUAUUAUCAUCUUUUUUAUUUUAUUAUCACUAUAAUAUUAUUUGAUUAAAUUCUACAAUAUCCGAGAUUUCCGAUCCUAACAAGUUAAUUAUAUAAAAAAAAAAAUAAAAAAAUUAAUAAUCUAUAAAAUCAAAUGAGCAGAAGGAAAAACCUUCCCGCCAAGAACCUGUGAGUGGAGAUUCUUCUACUAAUUCCUUGACCAAAUUACCCCUGCCAUAUAAUAUAUAUAUACCCCUGCUAAUGAACUCUUAUGUGUAUAACAGACUAUAAAUACAGUUCACGCUCCUCAUUCUUCUUCAUCAUCACUUUCCCCAUUUCCAUUUUCUCUCUGCACUAAAAAAGAAGUUCGUUCACAGAGAUGAUAAUCGAGGUGAUGUAUGCUGUGAUUUGGUACUUCAAUAGGAAUUGGAGAAGACAAGACCUCAUGAAUUCUGGAGUAAUUCCCGCUCACGCUCAUGCAAGCUUGGACGCGGUGUAUUCUACGUUCUUCGGUGCUAUGUUCUGCGCUACUAUUGGAUCCUACUUGCACUUAUUCUGGGCAAUUGGGGGACUGUUCACAGUCCUUUCUUCUGUAGCAAGUUUACUCUGUCUCUGCUUUACAUCACCAGAACGCGUGAGGGUGAGGCUCUCACUAUUGAUGAUUGCUUCCUUUUCCUUGGGUGCUUCUGUUGGCCUUUGUACCAAAUAUCUCUUUGAAAUCGGUCAAGUGUUUGUUCCCAACCUUUUGGCAGGUUCAACAGUUGGCAUUGGAGUUUUCUUGGCUGCAGCAUGGACAACAAGGGAAAGGAGUAUCAUCUACCUUGGUUGCAUGGUUUAUUCUGGUGUUAUAGUGUUCUGCUACAUGGUUAUCAAUCUUUGUUUUACCAUUGACAGCCACACAGCUCAUUCUAUGUUUAAGGCAAUUGCUGAGCUGACAUUCUUCAUGGGAUACCUUGUGGUAUAUAGCCAAGAGAUACUUUACGAUGCUCUCUUUGGAGAAAUUGACUUUGUCAAUCGCACACUCACCGUCUUCCUCAAUUUACCGGCUGUAGUGGUCCAUGCUGCAAGAGUACUAUGCCUGCCUGAACACAUUGAGUGACGCAGACAUGAAACUUCUGGGGGAGUAGAAUAAAUAGAGAGUAGAAUGCACCUUAGCAGAUGGCGAAAACUGUAAAUGAUGAAAAAGUAUUCCUUUUGUGGCUACAUUGAAUUUGGAAUAGCCAAGUGCUUGAAGAUUUUUGGACAAAUUCUGAUAUGUGAAUGUGAAUUACCUUACCCCACAGAAAUCUUGAAUGCUAAUACUGCUGGUUGAUUGCCUUACACAUAAUUGUUCUUCCUUUUUUUUUUUUCAGGACAGUGCAAUAAAGACUAUUUGGAGCUUGAGCUAAUCAGUCAUAGC